GAACACGGACAGUGGGCACUGCAACCAUUAAUUCAUUACAAUCAUCUGUAACAUCUACAUCAUUCUAAAACGUUCUGUGUAGAUAUGACAGAUUUAGCAUAAAGAUACUUCCAAGUUCUGUGUACUGUCAACAUUGGAAAAUUAAAUAUCAAUAGUAAACCAGUAUUAAGUGUCGAAUCUCGUUUGAAGAUGGCGGCAUAUUCGCCUCGUUGGUAAAUUGCAUGGUAUUCUAAAAGCAUUCAUUCUAAACCGUUAGACAUUUUGGUGUAUACGUAAAUAACCUACCAAGAUUAGUGGAGGAACGUAAGAAGCAGGCUAGUUUCGGUACUUGAACUUAUUUUCAGAACUGCUUGUUUGAUAGCAGGUUGAGAUAUUUAUACUUGGGGACUGAAUAUACUAUAUUGAAUACUAUUGUGUUGUAUGGGACGUAAAUUGUGAGUGAACAUAACCUCGAAGAUGCCAAAAUAUUACUGUGAUUAUUGUGAUACCUACUUAACACAUGAUUCUCCAUCUGUGAGGAAAACACACUGUCAAGGUCGCAAACACAAAGACAAUGUUAAAUUUUAUUACCAAAAGUGGAUGGAAGAACAAGCACAACAUCUUAUUGAUGCAACAACUGCAGCAUUCAAAGCGGGGAAAAUAGCAUCCAAUCCAUUUGCCUCAAAUAAAGGAGGUGCAGCAAUUCCACCACCAACCAACAUGCCUCACGGGGGACCUCCUCGACCUCCAGGUCCUGUUCAUGGCCCUCCUCAGCCUGGUCCAGGAAUGAUGGGACCACCAGGCAUGCAAAUGCACCAUGGACACAUGGGACCUAUGAUGAUGGGACCACAUGGGCCAAUGCCUCCAAUGAUGGGAAUGAGGCCUCCCAUGAUGGGACCAAUGAUGCCAAUGGGACCCAUGGGUCCAAUGGGCCCUAUGAGAGGACCUCCAUUACUUGGUGGACCAAUGGGACCUCCUAUGAAGAAAUAGUUUUGUAGUUUGGACUGUGCAAAAUACAGAUGGACACAUGAAACAUUAAAUUUAUAUUCAUUUGAAAUGAGUAAAGGAACUCUUUUGUAUUUGUACUUUGUGCCAGCAAAUAAAGUAUGAUAUUUGCUACUUCA